AUGAUUACUAUGACGAAGAUAAAGUUGAAAAUGUUGCUGCCACUCUUAUUAUACUUAUCAUCACUUUGUCUAUUUUUACAAAUUGUAAACUCACAGCCAUGGACUCCUGAUCUUCAGAAAUUGCUAAAGCUUCACAAUAAACUGAGACAUGAUUUGAUGGAAUGUAAGGUACCGGGUCAGCCUCCAGCCAAAUAUCUUCCAGAUCUUAUGGCCUGGGAGAAUACUACUCAUGUUGGAUGUGGUAUUAAAGACUGCAGAGGUACAUCAUUUGGAUUUGGAUUAUCUAUCGUUUGUAAUUACGGUGAAGGUGGCAAUUAUCCUGGUCGAUACCCGUAUACAUCAAAGCCAGCUAGUGAAUGUGGUAAAACACCAGUUCCAAUUAAAACGACACCAAGGCCAGCUGUAAUCAGAACAUCUCAAAAGCCACCAGUUACAAAGAAACUACCGAAGCCCGACUGGACAACACUUAUAUCCACCUGGAGUCAGUAUGCUACUACGCAACAGCUUAAAGGAACUGUGACACAAACAUGUAUUUGUAUUAACUAAAACUUCUGAAUGAAUAUUGAGC